AUGCCUGGUCCCUCCCGCAUAGUAACUGCCAUUGCCACCACCGAGACUCUGGCUGCCGACAAUAAUACUCAAAUAGUAACAUCCAACGCAGCUGUAGAAGGGAACAAAAUAAGUGUACUUCUUUCUACCGUGGUUCUAAUAAUCGUAGAUACAUAUGGACAAGAACACUUGGCUCGAGCUUUGUUGGACACAGGUUCGCAGCCAAAUGCCAUCAGUGAACGGUUGUGUCAGCAGUUGCAUCUUACACGCACAACAGUCAACGUCCCCAUCUCGGGUGUAGAUGGCACCCUCACGAGCGCUAAGCACCAGGUGACUACUGAGCUUCGAUCCAGAGUGAACGAUUUCAAGCAGCAAAUGGAUUUUCUCGUCCUACGAAAAGUCACCAGCCAUACCCCAGCAGUUUCAUAUUCUGCUGUCCAUUGGAAAAUCCCGAAAUCAAUUUUGUUAGCCGAUCCUGAAUUUAAUAUUUCCCGAAGAAUCGACCUCAUAAUUGGCGCAGGUCAUUUUUACACUCUUUUGCGUGAUGGACGAAUCCAUUUGACCCAUAAUCUUCCCAUGCUGGUAGAAACCGUCUUUGGCUGGAUCGUAACUGGUCAAAUGGAGCACGGCGAUUCAAGAGAAACAGUAACUUGUCAUGUGGCUCAAAUUCCGUCGAUCGAAGAUCUGUUAGAACGUUUUUGGAAACUUGAAGAGGUAAGCGGAACGAACUAUUCUGUAGAUGAGCAGAAUUGUGAGAAUUUUUAUCGUGAAACCGUUUCUCGGGAAAAGUCUGGUAGAUACAUCGUACGAAUGCCCAGACAUCCUCAGUUCAAACAAAUGUUUGGAAGCUCAAAAUUGACAGCUCUUCAACGAUUCCGUUGGUUAGAACGAAUGCUAGAGAAAAAGCCAGAUCUCAAACCGCAGUAUCAUGAUUUCAUCAAGGAAUAUAUAGCUCUUAAGCACAUGAAGGAAGUACCUAAUGAAGAUGUAGAUCGCCCAGAUGCUUGCUAUCUUCCCCACCAUCCAGUCGUAAAAGAGGACAGUUCGACGACAAAAGUUCGUGUCGUAUUUGACGGCUCAACGAAAAUGAGUUCCGGACAUUCUCUCAACGAAGCCCUCCUUGUCGGACCAGUCGUUCAAGACGAAUUGCUCACUAUUGUUCUGCGUUUCCGACAGUUUCCAAUUGCGCUAGUGGGGGACAUUGAAAAAAUGUACCGCCAGGUUUUGCUACAUCCAACCGAUCGCCCACUCCAGAGAAUAUUCUGGAGAUUCGACAGCACUGAACCCAUCAAAGCUUACGAACUCUCCACCGUUACGUACGGUCUUGCUCCGUCGUCGUUCUUGGCGACCCGAACUCUGCAGCAAUUGGCAGAAGAUGAAGGUGCACAUUUUCCCGAGGCCAGCCGAGUAGUGAGAAAAGACGUGUACGUGGACGAUUUAAUUUCCGGCGAAAGCACUGUGGAACGAGCUAUUCAACUGCAAAAUGAUUUGAUGAAACUACUGAAGCGAGGUGGAUUUCGUUUGCGAAAAUGGGUUAGCAAUUCCCUCGAAGUGUUAUCAGAAAUUCCUGAAGAACUCCAAGGCACCCGAUCUCCCAUGAAGUUCGAUCCCGAGGAAACAGUUAAAACUCUCGGCAUCUGCUGGGAACCAGAGACCGACAAACUGCGUUUUAAUAUUGCCGUCAACGUAAUAAAUCCGGUACCAACUAAACGGGAAGUGUUGUCAACGAUUGCCCAGCUGUACGAUCCACUUGGGCUCGUGUCCCCCGUCAUCGUUCAAGGCUUCUGUCCUUAG